CCACAGCAAAAUAGUCUGCAUAAUUUUUCAGGAUCUACACUUCCAACAAAAAUAUUCAAGUCAGAGCAAAAAUUGUCAAUUAAAAGUUGAGUAAAUGGUUUCAACGUUAGUGAUGCAUGCUUCCCCAAGUUAGGUAACGUGUAUACAGCAAUUUUGUGUCUUCAAGCAAUACACUAGAAGAGAUAAGUAAGUGAGGGACUUGCUGUUAUUUUUCCAAUUUUAUGUCUGGAGGAAGAGUACAGUUUCAGCUACAGGAUUUCUUGAAUUGUUUUCAAGUUGCAGAUUGCGGUUUUCCUUGUGAAGCUUUGAUGGGGAGCUAGCUAUAUGUCUAGUUCAGUUUUUUUCCUCACUUUGCUAAUGUCCCUGUACUGUUUUUUCCUUAUUUCUCCCCUUUCCCUCUACUUUCUGUUUUCCAUGUUCCUUAUCACUCCAUUUUUCAUUGUUAGCAAGAGGUCCGUGUUCUCUCACUCAAUUACUACUUUCACAGCAGAAAAAAAACCAGCCAAGGGAACAACCAAAUGAAACGAAAAUUGUAGAAGGUUCUGCUAAAACAUACCUCGGUUGCGGAUGCAGGGCGCCGGCGCCGCUGACAAGGAGGAGGCGGCGGCGGAGGGAGAAACCGGGGAGAGGGGCACCAGCGGUGGAGAGAGACCAGAGAUGGACAGAGUAAUUGUAACACUGUACUUGAACUUGGAUUGGAGAAGAGAACAAUGGAAGGUGAAACCUUGAAUUGAGUUGCUGUGAACUUCAUCGAAUCGAAUGGCGUCAAUUUGGACACUGCACUUUCGCUCCCUUUCUCUUCGCCCUUGUCCAUUGAUUAGUAGCAGUAGCAGAACCUCCCCUCACCGCAUUCGCAUCAGAAAUGGAAUCUCCAAAUGGUCCUCCGUUGUAGUUACCCGCACCCAGCAACUCAAACAAGACUCCAUCAAUUCCAUCACCAAAUUUCAUCAUCAACUUGUUGGUUCCGUGCCCAUUCCACCAUUUCUGCUAAAUCGAAAUGCUGGAAACAAUUUUGCGAUUUGGGUGUGCGUUGCGGUUGUGGUUUUGGUUGUGGCGGUGAGGGUGAGGGUGAUGUCUAGAAAAAAGGAACGCCCUGGUUCAGUAGCUGAUCUGGUUAGACGCGGUCAAUUGAGAUCCGAUAGAAGAGGCAUAUCAAGGCCUCUCAAGUAUGAAGACCCAUUCAAUAAUCCCAUGGUCAAGGUUGGCAAAAGCAACUCGACUGUUGAGAUGUGCGGAAAGGUUUACCGCUUAGCCCCGGUUACGCUUACUCAAGAGCAACAGACCAUUCACCAGAAAAGGAGAUCACGCGCCUACCAGUGGAAGCGACCCACAAUGUUCCUUAAAGAAGGAGAUGUGGUUCCUCCAGAUGUUGAUCCCGAUACAAUCAGGUGGAUUCCUGCAAAUCAUCCCUUCGCAACCACCGCUACUGAUCUUGAUGAGGACUUGGCACAGAACAAUGUGCGUCAAAAGGAUGGAGUUCCUUUCCGCAUUCAAGCCGAGCAUGAAGCCCUGCAGAGAAAGCUGGAAGCCCUUCAAAAUGACCCGAAACUCAAUAAACUGGUGAUAGAUCCUACCAAUUCUAAAGAAUUUGAAAGACCAUUAAACUCCAAUGCCAGAUUAAAUGAUCAUGCUGAGAAGAGCUCUGUAAACAAUCAGGUGAGUGAUUCUCACUCUCCUAAAUCAGAUAGCGGCUCAAAUCACUUGGAAAGUGCAUCACCAUCCGAAGAAUAUCAGAGUUCUUAGUACACAGCUUUUGCAUGUAUAGUUCCAAGUUAAAAGGGUUCAUAGGCACGCUAUAAAUUUCUGAGAACUCUGAAAAAUAUGGAUUUGAAGUUGCCACAAAUUUUUGUACUAUGGAGAAACUGUCUAUUUGUAUAGGCGAGGACUGUAAAUAGAAUUUCAUUGUUGCUUAUUGUUAAGUUGUGCUGUUACUCAAAUUUCACAAUCUAUGAUAAGAGUUUUUCUUAUUUUUAGAGUUUA